AUGAAGGUCAUUCACGGCAGGUCCUGCUGUUGCAGGGAGCUUGAAGGAGAUGACCUCCUGUCAGACACCUUUUAUUCUAAUGAGAUACACACUCCGCUACAAACAAGUGUCCGCCCAACUGCCUCAGAGGACAGGUAUCAGGAAUUCAGGGAGUUGUUCCAACCAUGCCGGCUCCCCUGGGGUGCUGAUAGGGAAUAUGGUGGGAUAAUGCCCAUUUCACUCCCUGAGGAACACAGGCCAAAAUGUGAACCUCCUCGUCUCAUGGGUAAAGGACAUCAGCAUUAUGGAUUUGGUGGAGAAACCUGGUCAAGAAAACUUCCUAUUGAACAACUCUAUUAUUUGACACAGAACAAAAAAAGUGAUGUCUAUGGAAAUGAUUCUUUGAUUCCCAAACCACCCAAUGCUACGGUAGAAGAAAUCUGCAGCCCGUAUCCUGUUGAACACCCUUACCAUACCCACAUCUCUCGCGGUGCCAUGUUCCCAACCUUCACAUCACCCAAGGAGCUCUACACUUGCAUUAAAGCACGCAACCAACAGCCAUUUCCCCCAACUGUGCCAACGAAGCCUUAUGAUACAACAGUUUUGAAGACCAGAGGUAAUCCUUAUAGAUACGAACUGGUUGAUUUUCCUUCGGAUUCAAAGAAGAAAGCCUUGACUUGGCCUGGUCAGGGUGUAUAUUACAAUAUUCCUAAAUGUGUUGAGAAAAAUAAGCCAGUGUUCUACCCAAAACCUCCUAAAACCUACGCUCCUAACAUGUCUUUAAACUUGUGGGAUCCUAUUACUUCUCUGAAAGAAGCCAACAUACAAAGAAAUCUUGAGCGGUCCCACUGGAUCACUUCGUACACUCAUGAUUUUACAGGUGUGGGGCCCAUGAACCCCCUUGAGCUGGAUGAUUACCAUGAAAAGGAGGUAGCCGGCUUAACUGGACAGAUAGGAUUUGACCCUGAGCCUCAAGAAAAAUUCCACCCUGUCUUAAAACCCGUCAGACCCUUGGAAGGACGAAUUGCUCGAUUGAUUAAUGAACAACGUCCUCUGGAGGCUACCGUCCAGGAAAAACCACCUCCCUGUCCAGAUUGUACCCCUACAGUUUUAUGUACUUUUCAUACCUUUAUACCCAGCUCUGAAGAAAUGAGGGCCCUUAAUGAUAACACAUGGGCCAGCGUAGCCCGUAAAGACCAAGACAUUGAAGAGAAGAUUAAAGAACAAAGUUUGCUGUCGACCUAUGUACUUCCAUCAGGUUACCCAACAAAAGAGCUGACUGACCUUUAUAACAUAAAAUCAUUUCCAAAAGUCACAGAUACUAAAAAGAUAGAAGAUAUGUACCAGAGACAGCUGGCAUUAAAGCCCCAACCUCGUGUACCUUACUCUAAGGCCAACAAUUACAUUCACUAUGAACAUUUUACAUCUGACCAGUAUACUACAUGUCAGGACCGUAAGAACCUUAGUAAGCCUAGAAUUUUGCAAAAUAAACAAGGUACAGAAGCAUUCGCCUUAGAACAGUUUUUUGGUACGCCAGAAGAUCAUCAGUGGGCUUUGAACAUGGAAAACAACGAAGAAACAAGACCUAUUCUGGGUUGGAUUCCAAGGGCUGGAGUGGCCAAGCCUCAAGCCAACCUGCUGGACCUGAAGAACUCUUUUUCAAAAACUGGUGUACGAAAACGUUUCCAUAAAUCAAUCCUAGAUGACCAAAAAGACCUCAGGGAUAAGGAGCAUUCAGGAAUGAAACACCAAUUCUAUGGCCAUAAUUCCUAUUAUUUCUACAAUUGA